UGCAAUAGCGAAGCGAAGCGACGGCUGCUGCUGACAGCGCAGCACUUGUAGGUCGUUCGCUGAGAACCGAGGGGUGUUUCGUGCCAAUUCCCGCCCCCCCUUGCAGGUACAGCUCGUGAUCCGUCUCGGAUUUAGGAUUAACUCGCCUUUUGAGAGAUGAUCUUGGCUGGAUUAUUUAAAGACACUUAAAAGGAGGGUUUCCCAGUGCUGAAGAAACAGCCCCAGCAAUGGAGCCUCGAAUGCCUCACAACAUUACUGUGGUCCCCAAUUCCACCAUGGUGCAGCCGCUCUUGGACAGCCGUAUCCCCUAUGGCAGACUUCAGCAUCCGCUGACCAUUCUGCCAAUUGACCAAAUGAAGACCACACACAUUGAGAAUGACUACAUUGACAGCCCCACCCUGGCCCAGUUGGCUGCUCAGAAAUAUUCUAGGGCUCACCACGAACCCACUCACCCACCAAGAUGUGAGCAGGACAUCACCCACCCAUGGAUUUCUUUCAGUGGGCGACCCAGUUCUAUUAGUAGCAGCAGCAGCACAUCUUCAGAUCAAAGGCUUUUGGAUCACAUGGUGCCAGCACCAGUGACAGACCAGUCCUCCCCAAGAGCUGUCCGGACACAGCCCAAAGUGGUUAACUGCAAGCCGCUAGAUCUCAAGGGCCCCACUUCUCUGGAGUUGGACAAGCACUUUUUGCUGUGUGAAGCCUGUGGAAAAUGCAAGUGCAAGGAAUGUGCCCUGCCAAGGACUUUGCCCUCUUGCUGGGUCUGCAACCAAGAGUGCCUCUGCUCAGCUCAGAACCUGGUCAAUUACUCCACCUGCAUGUGCUUGGUGAAGGGCAUCUUCUACCACUGUACCAAUGAGGACGACGAAGGUUCCUGUGCAGACCACCCCUGUUCCUGCUCUCAUUCAAACUGCUGUGCCCGUUGGUCUUUCAUGAGCGCCCUUUCUCUGGUUUUGCCAUGUUUGCUGUGCUAUCUGCCUGCGACUGGCUGUGUGAAACUGUCACAGCGAUGCUAUGACCAAGUGAGUCGGCCUGGAUGUCGGUGUAAAAAUACAAACAGUGUGAUUUGUAAAACGUCUCCUGAAGGGAAAGUUGGCAGCAGACCGGAGAAGCCGUUUUGAUUUCUGGAGAGAGGGGUGGGGGUGGGGAGUGUAGAAAAACUACAGGAAGGAGUUUCAUAACCUGUGUUGAGCAUGAAAAAUGUGUCAGCCUUUUGCUUUCUACAAAGAAAGAAAAAAAAGACACCCUCUUUCCUGGACCUGAAGCACUUCGAAUUAUUCAGGGCUGUGGAAACAGAGUGCAGAAAGAGGCUUCUUCAUUGUUUGUAGUGUGAAGGCAGAAACUGGCCACACAGAACAGCUUGGGGUCUACUACUGUUGUGGUUCGUAGUGUUUGCUGAGGUGACAUACCACAACAAUAAUUAACAGACAGGUUCAGCAGGUACAUCUGUAGCUUCAGCAACAUUGUUAUUUCUUGAAGGCUGCCCAGUUCUCGACAGGGACCUUUUCCCCGUCUUUUAUUUAUUACUUGGAGACUGUUAUCAGUAAAAGGUUAACUUUCUAAAACACAUUUAAGAGGAGCAGUUGCCUGCUGUCUCUUCUCUUCCCCACCUCCCUUUAUACAAAAGUGGUUGUCUGUAAAUUCCUAGUACUGUUUUUGAUUAACAGUCCCUUUCAGCUCUGCCUUGAGCAGAGCUUGGUGUGAUGGAGACACCGGCAGAGGGAGCUUUUCUGCUGAUUGCUACAGGUCAGGUCUCAGUUACAGGCAUAGCUAGUUGAAAGCUGGCAAUCCUACCAGCCUUUUCAUUCAAACACAUCUUAUUCGUUCUUUUUAAAAAAAAAAUUGCAUGGCAUGUAGAAGAACUAUUCUGACCAACAUUACUUGGAAAGCAGGAGGCGAGGACGUACAGCAUCAAUCCCUUUGCUCUCAACUUCUACAUCUUCACUGUAAUGUCUUCCCAGAAUCUUAUAUGUGUUUGACUGUUUGCGCAUAGAGCUCUCUGUGCAAUUCUAGAUCAUACAGAGAAUUUUAUGUACAUUUCUGUAGGCUCUGUGUAGACAUUAAGCUGAAAGUGUGGACAUUUGCAAAAUGCACGUGUAUCCAUUUUCUAUCCCCACCCUUGAAGUAAUGUCUAACCAUGUUUUCUUUUACUAAAUAUGAGGGCUGGUGGUGGAGAAUAAUAAUAAUAACAAUAACAUUUGAUUUAUAUACUGCCCUUCAGGACACCUUAAUGCCCACUCAGAGCAGUUUACAAAGUACGUUAUUAUUAUCUUCACAACAAUCACCCUGUGUUGUGGGUGGGGGGUCUGAGAAACUGGGACUGACCCAAGGUCUCCCAUCUGGCUUCAGGUGGAGGAGUGAGGAAUCAAACCCGGGUGAAUGUAAGUUAUAUUUGCAGUCGUCUCAAGCUUGCAACCAUUUAUGGAGAUGUUCUACUGACUCUAGUAAGACUACUCCAAAGGAAGCGGGAUGGCAACUGCAAUGCAAAGCUUUGAUUCCCAAGAACCUAAAAAGACUUGAAGCCAAAGCCAGAUUUGUUCAGUGUAAUUCCCACCGACAGGAGUCCUUGAGCUAUUUGGCCCAUUUAGUAUUUGGUGAAUUCUGAGUGUACACGUUUGCCUCAAUAAAUUCUGUUACAUGAUUAAAUGGCAUGUUGUUCACACAAACAAGAAUUUGCUAAAGUCAAUACCAAGGUAUAUAUGUCAAGGCACCACCCUUACUAACAUUUGCACAUUGAAUUGUAACAGUUCAAAACUUAACCACAUUAAGCUACACAUAAGUAUCUGCUGAACCAAGAAAUUGUUUUCUCCAUCCUCCACUGCGCACUAGCAGAAUCAACGUAAGCUGUACAAAAUGUGUAAGUUUUUCUUUUUAAACCAAUAUCAGUGCAACUCAGGUUCCAUGAAAAACAUAUUGGCACAAUGUCAUUCGGUCAGAGUAUUUAAAUGCUCCCUUUUAUUGCUUUUGCUCAACUUUUGUCUUCUCUAUAUAGGGAUCCCCAGGGCUUUUUUUCAGCUGGAACGCAGUGGAACAGAGUUCCGACACCUCUUAAAAAUGGU